AUGGACCAAAGACCUAGGCGGAGCUGGACUUUCGAGUUAGGACAACCAGAAGCCUCUGGAGGCUAUCAAGCUUUCUCAUUGUAUAUUCAAACAAGACUGAGGGUUCCCGUUCUCGUAGAUCCCUCUUUUGGAACUUUCCGAGCGGAUUUGACGCCUGAAGUUCCCUGGGAUCACGAGCAGUAUAGCGAGCACUAUACCUCGGCGCAGCAGAGUGCUGCGGACCCAUCAUUUUGGAUGCAGCAGCUAUAUUCUACAGCAACUGAUAGCAUUCAAGAUCCACAACCAGAUCUCUCGUCCCUUCCCCGAACAAGCAUAUCUCAAACAGAUAAGCAAGAAACUGCUUCCAACGCUCGAGCCGAACCAAUUGAAGAUGAAGAAAUGGGAAACGCAAUUCCACCUUCGGCUCUAAUGGCAAUCAAGAAUGGCUCUGAUGGCAACUUGUCGCCAAAGGAGUUUCUUUUGGUAAAGCUCGCGGAGUUACAAGCCUCGAGGAUGAGAUUGAUAGAGGAAAAAGAUGAGGAAAUUAGAGCGGUGGAAAAGACACUGUCUUUGAUGUGA